GGGUUUCUUAUCUCAAAUAUUAAAGAAGCUGUGAAUUCUACAGAAUAAAUAUAUGAAUGACUUGUUAGGUGCUGCUAAGUUGAUUGAUUAGUCAGUUUUUUUCUAAAUUCAAUGAGGAUGGUAGAGCCAAAUCUCAAUAAUUCUGAACAAAGGAUACUGACUCACAGUAAAAUGUUCCAGCUGAACAGAACUGACAUGUCUCGCAAGAUAGACCAAUCUCGCUUGGUGCUCGUGACUGGAGGCAGAAAUGCUAUGAUGAGUCACACCCCCAGUCCUCUUGACGCCAGCCCUGGUCUUGUGAUGGACCAUCAGACCAACAGUCCAUUAGACCUGAACUCUGGUGGAGACAGACCUGGUCCUGAAGAUGGGGACAGUUCUAGCCUAUGUACAGAAGGAGGUAACGGGACCUCUGGUGUGGUGGGAGGCAUGCCACCAGCCUCCUCUUAUCUCACUCUAGCAGCCGAUGAUAGGCAUCAUCACUCCUCAGGUGCCAGUAACUCCAGCAUAUCAAACUCGUGUGGCAACUCAAGCAGCUUGCUUCUCACGUCAGAUGUUGACCCUCCUCACUCAAACCUCUCCAACAACUCCAUCAGCAGCUCCAUAAAUCUCUCUAACAACGGCACCAUCAAUUUAUCCUCUAAUAACUCCAUUAAUUUAUCUACAAAUCAAGUCAAUAUAAGUGAGGCUAACAUGAAUCUCGCCCCAAAUAACUCUCUUAAUUUAAGCACUGGCUCAAUGUCUCAUCACCAGCAACAUCACCAUCACCACCACCAUCACCACCUCAGCAAUAAUUCACAAAGUCACAAUGCAUAUGACACUCUUGAAUAUAUGAGUUCAGAAGUGCCACUUGAAGGUGAAAACAGCCCCAAAUUUUCUGAUGCUCUUGAUACAAUGGAGAAUGUUUCUUUCGUGGACAUGAAUGAUCCCAACAUUUAUUUUGAGCAGAUAACGUCAAGCAGUGGCAGUGUAGGUAAUUUAGUGGCCAUAUCCCAGGGCAACUCUAGUAAUGUUAACAAUAAUGCCACUAACAUCAGUCAAUCAAACCAUAUACUGAACCUGCACAAUGCAGGCAAUGGUGGCAUCACAGUUGCAACAAGUGGUGUAGUGGGGUCUUCUCAUCACAAGCAAGAAUAUCAAACUCCUAAAUCUCAGCUGUUAGAAAGAGCUUACACAGACUACCUCAUUCAACAUUCUAAUGCCGCCAAUGCUGGGUCUAGCUCUACUCCUGGUGAUGUAGCAGAUGCUGGCAGCACACCUACCAGCACAGAUGAUUGUGCUGAUAUGACUACACAUCAAAUGCUUACCAUCAACUCCAUCAAUUCAAUAGACAGCAAUGAUCCAGACUUAGCUGACUUAGGAAGCUUCAGGAAGUCUCGCUAUGAUGUUGGUAAACGAGCAUCGUCAGUGUUGUUGGAUGAUGACACUCUGCAGGUGCAAGUUCACCAUACUGUAGAUCAGCACAUGAAAGGCCAGCAAAUCAUCAAUAAAUCAGGGAGUAAUGGCAUGAACGCUCUAUUGAGGCAACAGGAUGUGCAGAGGCAGCACCAAGCUGUUCAGUCUUCCCUCCCACAUAACCAUUUCAAGUUAACGCAAAGUCAAUUAAUGUCAAACCACAAGAAUCUUAUGAAUGACGACUUCAGGAUUGGUGGUAACGGAAAGAUGAUGGACCAGGGACGAUCUAAACAGUAUGCUAUGACCAUGACUUCUGAGCCUAAUCAAAUGGACUCCUUUAGAUUAUUUCACAAUGGAAAUUUACAAUUGCUCAGUGACGACCAGCAAUUGUUACAGGAGCAAACCCUACCUCAGCAGCAGCACGUGCCAAUGACACAAUUACAGCAACUCAGACUCCACCCUGUGAAUUCUCAAGAGGAAUCUGAUCCGUUGAACAAUUUGUAUGUGGAUAAAAAUUCUGAUCCUCUACAUAUUCCUGACAAUCCUCCUCAACAGGGCAUUUCCCAAACAUUGCACCACAAUCAUACGUAUGAGAAGCUUCACACAUCUCCUGUGCUGCAGCUACACCCGCAGCCUGCAAUGCAUCUGCAACAGAAGCGUGUACCUAUGAAGCUUCUGCCUGAGAGCUCUGUCAUGCAGCAACAUAUUAAUAACACAAAUAAUAAUACAAAUGCUAAUAAAGUGCAACAAGACCUCAAUGUCUUGCACCAAAUGACGGCCAUGGAGUGUGAACAACCACUGCAGCAGCAGCAAGACCAGCAUGCUUCCUUGCAACCACAGUCUCAUUCAUGUGAUGGUCUUCAACAAGCACCUCAAUUCAUGGUACAAAAAGUCAAUCAUAAGCAGGCAUUAAAGAACAGCAAUCAAUUCCGUGUUUGGCAAUCACAGCAGCAAAUUCGGCUGCAGCAGAAAUCUAAUUCAAUGACUCCCAAUAGUCUACCAAGAGCACCACAACAGCAGCAGCCACAACAGCAACAGCAGUUGGUUCGUGCCACCUGCAGUACUUCUAACAAUGUAAACAUUGUCCACAAUAAUAAUAAUAAUAACAAUAAUAGCGGCAUGAACAAAAACUCGUCUGUGCUGAUGUCUAGAAGUGGUCGUAUCAUCAGACGACGACCAGAGUAUGUUGAGUAUGUCAACAAUCAGGUCCACAAAGAAGACUCGGACGAUAUUGAUGAUGAAGAUCCUAUAAAGUUUUCUCACUCAUCCACACCAACUCAGCGGACACAAUCCCCUUCCCUCCAUAAACUGCAGGGCUACAACCAGCAGACCUGUGAUGUCACACCUUCCUAUCCUGAUCAUGAAAUUCUCGGCGAAGUUGUUUUCAAGACUGAGAUUAAACACAGUGAUAUUGACUCUGGGAUGAUACUGGAUGACAUUGAUUACGUAGAUAAUUCUAAUGAUGAGGACAUGGAUGAUUCUGUUGCAUAUGGUAUUGAUGGAAAGAAAUCCCUUCCUCAUAAAAAGCGUAUACCUAAAAAAUUAAAGAAUUCCAAGAAACUCACCAAAUGUUAUAAAUGUUCAACAUGCAAUGAGCAGUUGACAAGUUUUCAGCAAUAUCAACAGCACAAACAGGCCCACGCGCUGCAAGUAACCAAGACCAAGAGUCAUAUCUGUGAGCUGUGCAACAAAUCUUUUGAUUUACAGCUAAAAUUCUUUGAGCAUCUCAAAAGUCACUACGAGCCUGCCAAGAAGCACAAGUGUGAGGUAUGUACCGGCGAGUUUGACACACCCAUUGGACUGCAGGAACAUUCUCAGGUUCACCAACGGGAACACUUUCAGUGCAAGAUUUGCAACAAAACCUUCCGGAAAGAAGUGCUUCUUACUAACCACGUGAAUUCUGAGCAUUUCUCAAACGAGUUUGAUUCAAGUGAACUGGAGGAGAAAGUAUAUACGUGUUCUGUGUGUCCCAAAAGCUUCCAUAACCAAGUUGCUCUCGACUGCCACGUCUCAACUGAUCAUUUUGACAAUCCUCCUGAGUACAACUGUGAAGACUGCUAUCAGGCAUUCGAGAGCCGCCUCAAACUCGCCACGCACCGUAAACACGAACACAAAGAGGAACCCCUAAACACCAGCCCAUUAGGCUCCACUAAUGUCGCCAGAACUCCUGCGGGCGUCACACCUAAAGCCACCUCUACAAGUAAGAAGAAAUCUUCCAAGACGACCAAGGCUGCUAAGGGCGGCCAUCAGUGCAGUGAAUGUCCCAGGAUAUUCCAGCACAAGAAUUCCUUGACCUAUCAUAUGCGAGGUCACACAGGAGAACGACCACAUCCCUGCAAUCAGUGCGACAAGAGAUUUUUUGCUGCGAGUGCCCUGAAGGUGCACCUGCGCGUACACUCCGGGGAGCGGCCUUACGAGUGCAAGAAGUGUGGCAAAAACUUCAGGCAAUAUGGCGACCUUAAAUACCAUCUCACGUCGGUGCACUCUGAUGAAAGGUCGUUCCAGUGCGAGUACUGCGGCAAGGCGUUCAAGCGGAAGUACUGCCUCGUGGUCCACCGCCGCAUCCACACCAACGAGAAGAACUACAAGUGUGAGCAGUGCCAGAAGUCGUUCCGUGCCGCGUCAUACCUUCAGAACCACCUUCUCACUCAUACCGGUGAACGGCCUCAUCCUUGUCCUCAGUGCAACCGAGCCUUCAGGGUUCGGUCUGACAUGAAACGACAUCUGCAGACGCAUAACAAGCAGUCCCUGACCGCCAUACUUGGAGUUGCUGUGUCAGCCAACAACUCCAACCCUGCUCCAUCCCCCCUGCAGCAUCAUAACUCCAACUCCUCCCAGCUCUCCAUGAACCUUACCAGCAGCGCCCAGCUACUCACCAUGUCUUCCUCCUCAGCUGCUGCUGGUGGUUCUCAGCUGUCCAUGAUCUCUCCCUCAGGAGGCUCACAGCUAACAAUGACUUCUCCAUCUGGGGGAGUCCAGCUGUCGUCUGGUGGCCAGCUGUUCAUUACCUCAUCUAGCAGCACCCAUCACCUGAACUCACCCAUGACCUCGUCUACCUCCCAGCAUCACAUCCUGACGACGAGUAACCCUACCGUGACCGGGAGUCACGGUACCGUGACUGGCAUAACGGGGCAACUUAACCAACAGCAGCAGGGGUCUGUGGGGUCCUCGGUGUGCGUGAGCUCGGCAGGGAUCGUGGAUAACAGUGGGCAGCACACUCACCUCCAGCCCAUCAACUUCAUCAGACAAGGAAACGUGCCCUCCACGCACCACAUCAAGUUCAUGCAGAGUCUGGAAGGCAGCGGCGGCCAACAAAACAUCGUUAUUAGCGAUUCUCCAGGCUUGAAUUCUGAAGGUGGCUUCAAGAUUUUAAUAGUUCCUGCCCUUCACUCCUCGGCACGGUCCAUCACCACCGCCAGACAGGGCACGCUCAUUACCAAUGGUGCCGCGAACAACCAACAUCAUGACAUCACCUCCGCACCCCAGCACCACACCAACAACAACAACAACCACCACCACAGCAACCACAACCAUCCUUCCUCCUGCACAUCUCCUCAGGAUACCACCGUUAUUUAUCCUGCUGGGUCAAUUAUCCCAUCGUCUACCCUGAGUGGAGGUAACUGCGUGGUCACAACAUCCGACGAUGUCAACAACGAUGAUGUUUCUAAUGGUUCAUCCACCACCAACGUCAUCAUAAUGGGUGCUGAAUCUGACUCCGUUAUGGCCGGUAAUGAGACCAUACUCUCGAGUAACGGUACCGUGCUCGCCAGUAACGGUACCGUUAUCUCGAGUAACGGCACCGUUAUAACGGGCGGCAGAGGUCUGCUGGAUCCUGACGAGGAUGGCAGCGCUGCACAGGCCGUUACUGGGGCGACUGAUCAGGUCUUUAGCGUGGACUCUUACCAGCAGAACUUUCUACUGAACGCCUGAAGAGAAUAUCGUCAUCGUAAAUCUACGUUUUAUUUGUAUCGUUAAAAUCUACGUUGCAUUUAUAACGUUAAUGAAAGAGAUCAUCUGUUACUGUCAUAUCACAUGUUUUGUUCGAUGUUUUUUCUCUGUCUCGGAAAUAUUUAUCUGGGCUUUUCUUCCCUGCCAAACUGUCCAUAGAAAUCGAAUACUCAAUCAGAAUAUCUGAAAUUCUUUGCUUCAUGUCAACUUAGAUUAUCACGAUCGUCCUUUUUUAAACUGUGUCACCUAGUGCAGCUGCUCAGUCAUGAUUUUCAGUGAUUAUAUGUCAUGUAACUUUGUCAGAGCCAUCGUUACGAUUAAUAUCAGGGCCAUCAUUCACUUUAAUUUAUUUCUGCUCAUAAGACCACAUCCACUCAGAGAAAUGAGUGAGACAUUGUCCAAAUAACGAGGCACUUCUUGCUAUUGUGUUGAUUUUGCCUGGCCCCGUUUCUUACGACACAAGGGCAUCUCUUUGCUCGUGCUGUGGAUAUGAAAGGGUCACUAUGUUGAAAUUGUGACCCAUUCAUUUUUCUGAAUUUACUUCAACUGGUAAUGCUAACUACGACAUUAGUUCGCUUUGCAGCUCUGCUGUUAUAUAUAUUUGUGCGAGUAUAUUCCACACAUGUCAAUGAUGAAGCAUUAUAACGUUAUGUUGUAAUGUUAACAGGCUAAUCUAUCGCUUCCGUUACUCUUAUUGAAUAAGUUGUUGUUAUUUUGACGUUAUAUUGAACGUUACUGCUCCUCCUGGCCAAAGAGGCAGAACCUCUUCGGCUAGCAAGUGACUUGGAACAAUGUAUAAUCAAUAUUAUUUCAACAUCGUUUAAUCUAGGUCAUUUCAACAUUGUUUAUUCAACGUUAUUUCAGCGUUGGAUGCCUAGUGGGCGCUUCAAGUAGUUCACAAUCCUAUGGGGUUGACUUCAUAGUAUUCUUGUAUAUUUAUAUAUUUGUAUCAACACUACAUAGUAUUCUUGUAUAUCUAUGUAUUUGUAUCACCAUUUCCUCUUGUAUUUUUUGUAAUUUCUAACUCCCUCUUGACCGCCUAUCAGAACUUGCAUGUUUUUGAGCUAGAACUGUAUUUAGUUGACUACUUGCCUGGUGCUCUCUGGUGCUUACGAAAAGUUCUAAAUCAAAUAACAUUGUUGAUACUCCAUGUUGUAUUAAGAUCAUUCGAAGCUUUAUUUCCUCAUGUGAUUUCACGACUGCGUUUCUCAGUCGUGUGUAAAUAAUGUCUUCUCGCCUCCUCUCCUGCAACUGAAGACAUGACGAACUUCCCAUUACAUUUGUAAUUCUGUGUACAAUUUCUCAUGCAUUAUCAACCAGUACUUGCUAUUAUGAUAUUAAGUUUUUGUACGAACCUUCAGCGGAUGCCGUAUUUAUUUUAUAAGUUUAUGUCUGCAUUUUAUAGGCUUAUAUAUUUUAGAUACGAGCGCGGGCAGCUAGGAAUUUGAUUGGCUUAAGAUCCAAGCUCAAUUGAUUUAUUUAGUUACUUAUUGUAUUUAAAUACCACAGUUGACGUAUAAAAGUACCUCCUUUGUUGUAUUGUUUCAGAAUGAAAUGUAGUGGCAUCGUGUACGACUGUACGUAAUAGUUACGAUCAUGUGUAAAUUACUGAUAUGUUGCAAACAAAUUAACGAAAGUAAUUCAGGGUUAGAAAAUGUACAAAAGAAGUAUAAUUAUUUCAUCUUUGGAAUUAAGUUUUUUUGUAAUUUGUUUAGUGUUUUAUUUUGUGCUACAAGUUUGUCUUUCUGCAGAGGCAAUAAAUAAUGCGAUUUUUGCACAUUCAUUGCUUGGAUUGAGCAGUAGUCGGUGAUGAGCAGUCGUUCACUCGGCGUGAUGAGGCAAUUAUAAUGCAUUAAAUGUGUUAAGGAAAUGCUACCAUUAAGGCUUGGUUCAAUUCCAUGUUUUUGGGGGGCAUGGAAAGCUGUUGUGUGCCGGGCGGUUGCGGGGUUAAGACGUUGAUGAUGUUCAUCUCUGUUAUUGUUAACCAAUUAUAUUUUUUCGUUUUUUUUUAUUGUUGACCGAAGUUUUUCUUCUUCGUCUGCUUCUGUUCGCCUCAUUUUUCGUUUAUCUGCUCUUUGAGAUGCCAAACUUGCCUCUCUCUUGGCAGGUCCAGCAUGCUGGUUCGUUUGAAAUUUUAUUCUCUUGUUGUUGAAGAAUCGGUGUUGAUUUCGAGAAAUUUAGUCGCGCAACUUUUUCUUCAUAUGAGUUUCACACUUGAGGAAAAACUUUCGUGUAACAAAAAUAAUUAUCUUGUAACAUGCAAAGACUUAUAACACAAACCGUGUAGUACAGACCAUCUUCGUACAAUGACGAGACAAACGUACCUCAAUACCUGUAUACAUGCUACUUUAUUCGUGCCACUGUACCUGUAUCUUCAAUACGGUAAUGUUUGAAUGUUAUUGCGGCUGAACUAUACUAGUAUAAUAUAUGUUAUGGUCCUGAUAAUAUGAACGGAAUCGUACUGCUAGCUCACGAAUAUGCGUGCUCCGUGCAAAUAUUCUUGUGCGCAUUGCUAUAUACGGCAGAAAAUUUAGUCGUAUUUUUGUGCACUGAAUUUCAGUUUGUAAAUCUAUUAAUUUAUUAAAUUAAAGUUUCGUUCGUGGGCCACAGUUUGUAUGAAAAGCAGUGAAUGUCUCUACGUCUAUAUUAAGGUUUCAAAAAUGUUUCAAUAUACACUGCGAAAUUUCCGAUUACACGAGUGUGAAUAUUGUGUACAUUUGUAACAAAGCUUUGAAUUUAUUUUUAUACUGGCUGUUGGAUGAGCGAAAUAUCCUACAAUUAAAUGUCUACGUUAUCUAAGUCGUCCUUGUCAUUCUUGUUGAAAAGUAAAGAAUUGAGAACUUG